UACAACAUGGCUGCACUCUUCAAAAAACUUGGAUUUCUUUGCUCCGAUUUCUCGUAUUUUCAUAGCUGAGUGACAAUAUCUGAUGAUUAGAAAAUUCUUACAGUUAAAUUUAGUUGAUGCCUAACCUCUUCCUACUGCAGCCAGCGAUGAUGGAUAAAAUAAAGCGUAGCAUUAGAUGAUGCCAUUUGAAUUGAAGUGGUAAAAAACUAACAUGUCCGGAAUGGAUGAUUUUCGCAAGCAGCUGCCAUUGCGGCAGCAAGCGGACAAACCUGUCCUCAAGUACAGCACGAUAAGCUCACCGAUAACGAAUCCAAUGCCUCUCUUCACCCAGGCAAACUUACAGUCUUUAAAAUAUGGUGGGAUCUCAGCACCAUUCCGCGAAUUGCCAGCACGCAAUGCUCAAAUCAAUAUGGAUUCCAUCGCAAAGUUGGGAUAUUCGUCCCCAACGAAAAUCAGUGGAAACCCAUAUGCUCGGCCGCUUAGUGCCAAGGACUUGGAAGGAAAUGUUGCCAACCCACAGCCGGUACUAUCUCCGCAGCGCCAGAAUUCAAAUUCGAAUUUCUUUCAAAGUUCUAUGUCGGUGUCACCAAGUCGUGUCCAACCCACUCCGUUUACCUCUAGUGCCAGUAACCCCAGUAUUGCCACCAGUGCCUCAAUACAGACGAAUAGUUUUAUGCGACCGCAAAGUGCUUUACGAGAUAUUUCUGACAGUCCGCCAAAAUCCGACGUUUCGGGACCUCGUCAUUCUAUUUUGCGACCACCCUCUGCCGCUGGUCGUCCGGCAAGCCAAAGUAGUUCAAAUUCCCGACAUUCCGUUACUUUUGCUGACAACUCAGAUUCAGACAAUAACAAUUCAAACAAUUAUCCCCUUGCCAAUGGCAUCAUUCAAGAAUCUGACUCCGAAAAUGAAAACAUACCUAAUGGCGAAACUGCGCUCAAUUCUGGAAAUGGUAAGGACGAUGGGUCAGCGGGAGUCGCAUUGAAGGAAAUGAUCCUACAGGCCCCAACACAAGUAAAAGCUGAGGAAAAAGUUCGGCAGCAGACUGCAGCAUCGAGUGAAUUCAUGCGGAAAUUUGCAAUGAAUGAUGCUGGCGCUAAGAACUCCAUCCAUGCGACGAAAAUGCAGAACGCGCAGGUGUACGUAUUGAAGACGGAAUUACUUGACAGUAAACAGCAGUCACAUGCUAACGGCGCCACUACUGUGAAUUCCACGAAUGUGACGAAGAGUUACAAAAUAGAACAGCAACAGUAUAACAGUUUAAAUAACGGCGCUUACGUAAAUAAAAACGUCACAGCAGGGAAUAAAAAUAACAACACGAUAAAUGCAUCGCCGACGAAAAUUUCACGUGACAGGGAUAUCAUAUUCAGACCUCCGAGCCCUAUUAGUACUCGGGAAGCCAUGACUGGUUCGCCCCAGCCACUUGCGAAUAAAGUCCGGAACCCACGGUACACUCCUACCAAACCGUACAGUGAGGUCAGCGAUCUGACGACACAGGAGAAUAUCAAGAAAAUCGAUCCAGAUGAACAUUCCAGUAUUCGAAGCACAAAAACUGAAGCAACCGCUAUACACAUUCCAACUGAUACUGUCUCUAAUUCGAAGGACCAUUUCACGUCACCGGGCCUUAUCACUAAACCGCCAAAGUCUGGCUUUGCACGUGGCGGUACUCAGGCGCAGCCACAAGUCACGAACGCGUCGAAACAGGAUGGGACGGCCAAAAAGAUGCCUGUAACAAACACGGUGACUGGUACGAUAUUCUAUCGUAAAGGCUCGAAGGGUGAGGAGCUUUUGCACGAGCAGCGACCGAAGGCAGAUGGCGCACCAUCGAAGGCUCAGAAACUUGAGAAGGCGGCGUCUGUGUCCAAUGAUGGGGAGGAGUGGGAAGAUGACGAAGACUUUGAGGGAGAGUCGGACUCGUACCCUAACAGUGAACGCCUUCCUGGCGAUGGUGAAGCAUUUGAGGAAGAGUUUGACGACGAUGACGAUGGCAUCGACAAUCUUGACGAUGACUUCGUUGAUGGCUCAGACGAUGAGUCCGCCUACUCCAUCACAAGUGGAACUAGUCUUUCCCGCCAGUCCUCUGCGCGUGCGCGUGUUCACUCCGCCACAAAACGCCUCAUGCACAUGUCGAUCAAAGAUGGCGACCGACCGAGCACUGCCACCAGACGUCCCACAUCGGCAAAGUCAUUUGACGGAGAGUUACAACCAGCUCUCUCAACUAGUUUAUUCACCAAUGUGCCUCCAACAGUGAACUUUGUGCCAGAAGGGGAUAAAGUUGAACAACUGCCAUGGGACAUCCGCAAGUUGUUAAAAUGGCGACUGAGUCCCAUUACGCCAAACAUUGUCAAAUCUACAAUUGGUCGGUCAGGUUUUCGAAUCUCGAAGAAGAACUAUGACUGGUUGGGGUGCUGGGGGAAACACAUGAAAGCUCAGGGUUUCAAGGGAAUCAGGGAAUAUCAGAAAAUGAAUCACUUUCCGGGAUCAUUCCAAAUUGGCCGCAAAGAUCGUCUGUGGCGUAACCUGUCCAAGAUGCAGUGCCAUUUCGGGAAGCGAGACUUUGGCUUCUUUCCUCAGACGUACGUGUUACCGUUUGAUAUGAAGCACCUGAAGAGGGCGUGGGAGGACGGUGGAACGAAACAGAAAUGGAUCAUCAAACCGCCUGCAUCCGCGAGAGGAAUUGGUAUCAAAGUCAUCCACAAGUGGCAGCAAAUUCCGAAGAGAAGGCCUGUGAUUGUUCAGAGGUAUCUGUCUAAGCCGUACUUGAUCAAUGAGAGCAAGUUUGAUCUGCGAAUUUACGUGUACGUGACGAGUUACGACCCGCUCAGAAUCUAUGUGUUCGAGGAUGGACUCGUCAGAUUUGCUUCUCAGAAGUAUUCUAGCUCAAUGAAGAACCUUAGCAACAAGUACAUGCAUCUGACCAACUACAGCAUCAACAAGAAAAACAAUGAGUACCAGGCCAACACGGAUGAGACCGUCUGCCAGGGUCACAAAUGGGGUCUCAAGGCGUUGUGGGUGUACAUGAAGAAACAGGGAAUCAACACUGGAGUCAUAUGGGAGAACAUCAAGGAUGUCGUCAUCAAAACCAUCAUGUGUGCGGAGUCGGCCAUCAAUAGUAUGAUCAAGGCCAACGUAAGGCGGCGCUACUGUAUACACGAGUUGUUUGGUUUCGAUAUCUUCCUGGACGAGAAUCUAAAGCCGUGGAUCAUCGAGGUGAACAUUUCACCGAGUCUUCAUUCCAACUCGCAACUCGACAUCAACAUCAAGGGCAACAUGAUCAAGGAUCUGUUCAACAUCGCUGGGUUCCUUGUUCCGGAUAAAAACGACGUGGUGCCGGUUGGUGUCUCGGAUAACUGCCGUGCGGAACCUUCAAACGAUAUCUGUAUGGACAAGAGGUUAUCCAAUCAGCCAUAUUCAAAUGAUGAACGUGCCAAACAUACAUAUUACUGUCAGAAACACACAGACGAGGCUGUGCGAGCAACAAUCCUGGACAUCUUGACCCCAGACGACAUCCGUAUGCUCAUCGAAACGCUCGACGAGGACAACCACCGUGGGCAGUUCCAGCGUGUUUUCCCGUCAACCUCAUCCCACCGCUACCUCAAACAUCUCGAGCAGCCACGUUACUACAACCUCCUCCUCGACGCCUGGUGCCACAAGUACCACAAAUACGAAUCGCGAGGUAUCAGCCUCUUAGAUCAGUACUGCAGGAAAGGCCUUCAUCUCGAGAACCCAACAUCAGACCCUCAUCACCAGUGGUCACCGCCAACUUCCACCCCGAGGACCCAGAGUGCUCCGAUGGGGAAGAGUCGCGCUGAUGCUGACCUCAGAAGCAAUUCAAGCAGCUCCAUAGCAAAACGAAAAAAGGUCGUCAGGAAAAAUAUCGGCCAAUCCAGCAGCCUCUCAUCAUUAAACAAUAAUAACUCCAAAAGCGCCCUCCCACCUCGUCCACCUGUCAAUGGCCAGAGCUCUCCGACGAAAAGUUGACUAGCUGUCCGCCUACCCCCUCUACAGGAAUCCACAGAAAGUACCACCAAACGCUUGUCGUCUGCAUUUCGCAGUAGUUUCUAUGCGCAGACGCGUUCUCAGCCUUCAAGCGGCCGACGGCCGAGGAUUAAAAAGACUGUCCAGAGUUUGGAUUUGGGACGUUUGGAAGUCGAAGGAGAGACAGAGGAUUGAUUGAAUCUAUUUAUCUUGAGGACGGGGGGUUACAGCAAAUAUUUGUAAACUUCUGUCUAUAUCCAAGAGAAUCCUCUCACGGCAAAUGUAACUGGGAACCCCUCAGCAAACUCUCUCAAACAAGCUCGCACCAUCGGUGGGAUUUGCACUGGUCUCAAGAGGAGAUGAAAUGUAGUGACCAAGAAGUCUCAAGUUAAGCCUUUUGGUCGCUAUAUCAGUUCUCAAUGUGAUACUGAAUUUGCUCCAAUAUGUUUUAUUCUACUUAAAUUAUUCCAGAUCGACUUGAUAUAUCUUAGUAAGAUAUGGGAGGUUUAAUAGCAUUCUGCGAAGUUACUAUUUAUAGCUCACAAGGUCAUUUGCAUAAGAUAUUGAUGACGUUUUAGUCACGUGACAGUCGGACAUCGACACUUAUUUCUACGCAUUUGAGCUUAUUUCAAAGUCAAUUAUCUUUGACCCUGCAUUGUUUUUAGCAUGAAUGAUACCAUAGAGUCAGAGAGAGAAAUAUUCAGAACAAUUAUGUAGUAUUUCCAACACUCGGACAUGUGCCAGAUUGAAUCUAACUGCCCUAGUUAGAAAGCCUGAAUCCAUUACGAAACCGCAUGUUUGUCCGACAUUGCCUGUAAUUCAGCGAUGGGGAAAUAGAGGGCAGCAGCUGCAGUGACGUCAUCUUCGCGGAAUGCUAUUCAAUCAAUGUGACCUUGGCUGAUUGCACUCAGGAUUACUAUUUUGUUCUCCGAUUGCACUCGGGUUGACAACAGUUUUCUUGAGUCUCACCAGGUGAUGUUGUUGCAGCUUACUGCCAAGGUAAACUUACUGUGAUACUGUUACGUCGGGGCUUGAGAACUUCAUUGCGAUAUUCUGCUGGUCAGAAGAGUAGUACACAUGUUGUGUGGAGUGUGACAUUGCCAUCUUUGGAAGAUUUUGAUUUCAGUCUCCUUUAAAGGGAACUGAAACCGCCCAGCCAGUUCGUAUGACCUCGUUUUCAUUUCCCGCGUAUCGGGUGAUCAGAACGAGGCAUGAAUGAAACAUGGCGCCUAGCUGUCAAUCAUUGAGUGACGUCACUACUAUGGAAUUUACUACGAAAAUUCAUGAAUGAAAGAUCGCAUGACUCACGUGAUUCUCACAUGAUUCUCAAUAAUAACAAAUUGAACUGCGCAUGCUCGGGCACUGGGGGCGAUGCUACAAAUCUGAACUCGAACAGGAAGUUGGAAGUUUGACUUUCUCGGGCGGUGAAAGUCGAAAAGUUGAAUAAAUCACUCGGCGGUUCCAGUUCCCUUUAAGUGGUCAAUUUGAUAACCGUAAGGAACCUCAGCACUCUGUAGAAUUUUUAAUUUUCAAAAUGUUAUAAGGUACUGUAAACAGUGAAAUUCUCUCUGGUGAUUGUUAGCAAAGAUGGAUUGUAAUGGUAAUAAAGUACUCAAUAUUUCAAUGAAGUUUUUCGAACCCUGUCAGACUUCUAGCAUUUAGGUCUAUGUACAAUAUGACACCAUAACUUUUCAACUAUGUAUGUAUGUAUGUAGGUUGUAAUGUUAUAAAUAUCAUUCAGUUUUUCCAGUCAAAAUGUUUGUUUUGCGAUUAUUUUUUUUUCAUCUUACAGGUCGCAAUUUCUUGCGAAAUCUUAAAAACUAAUGUACCUGUGACAAUUUGGUAGUAUAAAUUUACGUAUAGAUUCAGUUUCGUUCAAAACUUCCUCCUUAUUUGGAAGAAAAUCAUUUCUGUGGUGGAGGUUGGCAGCAUAGCUGAGGUAGGCGGAUAUUACUUCUUAGGAACCAUUUAGAAUUACUCAUCUGUCAUUCAAUUGUCAUUGUACGAUUCAUAGUCAGCAUAAUUUAUUAGACAUCUUAAUUUUUAGCGCGUCCAAAGUAUUCUUAGCAUCAGUUUGCACUUAACGUUCAAGAUUUUUAGCAAAUAUUCAAGAAGACACAAGAAAUUGAUGUUCAUUUUAUGAAUGUGAUCAUUUUAUCCUGAUGUGAGAAAGAAACACUGUGCACUUCAUGAGUCUGUGUGCACAUUUGUUAAAGUUAAAUGUAUGUGUGAAGAACGAUAAACAAUGAAAUUUCAAACAUUUCAGCUGUAUUGCAUAAACUAUCUACUAUUUUAGCAGCAAAUGCUAUAUUUAGGCUACCACCAUGAAAAAUAGCAAAUUUGUCAACUUUUAGCACUGCGGAAACUUCACCGUCUACUGUACAUUUGGAUGAUUCACUUGUAUUAAGUUAAUGAAAAAAUGGUGCUUACCACUUGAAUUUAAAGGGACAACAUGGGUGUUGAAUUUAGGUGGCCAGGAGGGCACUGGUUUUGCUUGAGAAACAACCAAACCAACAUACCUCAUGCCUAAGUUGUCCCUUUAAUCCCUGUUUUCUGUGUUUGUUUUAUGUGUCAUAUGAAGGUGAAUUUUGUGUUUGUCAUCUACUGUACUGUAAAGGUUUUUCCAACACCCUGUAUACCAUUGAAAGCUGAUGACUCCAUCAUAAAAAUUCUACUAACUUAGUUAUUGGUCGUUCUGUGUGUAUGUCAGUGGUGUUCGAAUCUGAGAAGAACUAUUUUGUAUUCACUGUAACCUCGACCAUUUUUGAGGUCAACGUCUAUUUUUGAACACUUACAUUUUGUAUCGUAUGCAUGAAAAUAAUCAUUUAGCGACCAUGGGCUUUUACUGAAAGCGUCCUCUUCCGAGAAGAAAAUACAUAGAUUCGGCGAAUAACCAGUCCCUAUUUUCGAAGAUUUGUUGAUAAAUCGUGCAGAAGAUCCCGUGGUCUAAGAAUCAUGUGAUGAUUUUCCCUGUAGAUUUCAAGGCAAAUUUCCAUAUGAUUUUUAAAGGGGGCUGCAGGCAGGAGCCAAGUUGGUCAGAUUUAGUGACACGAAGUAGCUGGUAGGGGUCUCUUAUCUCACAGUACAUUGAAACCAUUCCUGCUUAUGAGGAACGUAUCACUGAAUCAAACACAACCUGGCCCCUGUCUCCAGCUCAUCACCUGGGGACUGCCACUUAGACCCCCCCCCCCCCCCCCGCUCCUGCCUACUUCUGUGUUAUUCGCUUCACUGAAGAGGGGGUGGGAUAAAAGAUUACAACAGCCCAAGAAAAGUAUGACAAAUUCCUUUUAUUCAAGAAACUGCUGAAGUUUUGAAAUAAAUAAAUGAUGAUUUAGUGAGAAAUAUGAAAA